AUGCCUUCUCGAUUGGAGCUGUUAAAGAGUCGGGAGUAUAUUUGCGAUCUUUCUCUGGAGCAGAAAAUCCGGAAAUGCGCUCCUUAUCUGAAAUGCCAGGAGGAUGGAUGUAAAUGUCCUAGUUGGAAACCAGAUGAUCAAAUGAGUUCACAAGUGCUUGAAUCCUCUUGCAAAUCUUGUCACCAUGUCCACCAGACAUUCACGUUGGAUGAUGAACGUGCUUGGCUAGAAAUUGCUGUGCAAAUGGUAGAUGAUGUCGAACACAUGUACGUGUUAUAUGGAUGUGCCAUUGCUAUGCUCCUCAGUUCUGUGUUACGCUCCCGCAUUGUGACGCUACAAAAGCAGCUGAUGGAAAAAAUUUCUCAAGAUCCUACUCCUGUAGAUUUAGACAAGAAAAUGCAAAUAAUUCAGCCCAUCUUCAAAAUAAUCAGCCUGUUAGAAGAAGAAGCUCAAAACCCAGUUCAUCGUAUUUGGGAUCCAUAUUUUCAAUCAUUUGCUUCCUUACUAAUGAACACAGGCUCAAGCCUGGGUGAGCAAGGUGGCGACGUUAUUCAUGGUCCCGAGAAUUUAGCUUCUGGAGACAGUCAUCUGUGCAACGAAAUAGUUAAUAUGGAAGUUCGCAAAUUGGACGGAACAAACGUUCCUUGUGAAUCUACCCCAUCACGGAAGUCGAGCGAUGCGGCACAAAAACGACGAUCCAGUAUUCGCCUACGAAAUCAGUCACUUAACUUGAACGAUUCAAGAUUCGGAUUCACAUUCAAAACUGACACGGAUUCAGCAGAUCGAGGUACACUAGACGUCAAAACCGAACGCCGACCACGUGUUCCAGGUGAUAUCAAUCCUCUUGAGUUGGAGCAAGUAUUAAAGGAGAUUAAAUGUCGAACGAGCCCUGGAAAGGACCUGCUUUCUUUCCCCACGUUGCACUCACUCAAUGCAACGCGCGACGCUGCUGCACGACAAGAAGAAUCUGCGGGAAAUAUUGAAUUUCAUAUAGUGAGCAACAGUCUGAACCACAGUCAGCCGUCACAAACUUAUAUCUGGUUGCUUGAAUUGCUCAACGUAUUUGCCUUACAAUUGCCGCGAAUGCCAAAGGAGUAUAUAGCGCGUUUAGUAUUCGACCCAAAACAUAAAAACUUGGUUCUUCUGAAGGUGACAGAGGGCGGAGAGAAACAUGCGAUCGGUGGAAUAUCGUUUCGCAUGUUCCCAUCUCAGGGCUUUACAGAAAUCGUGUUUUGCGCUGUGAUUUUCAACGAACAAGUUAAGGGUUACGGUACACAAAUGAUGAACCAUCUAAAAGAUUAUCACAUCCAACAUGGAGUUUUUCAUUUUCUCACCUACGCCGAUGCCUUCGCCACGGGUUAUUUCCGUAAACAGGGGUUUUCACGUGAGAUCCGACUGGCACGUCAAGCAUAUCAAGGAUAUAUCAAAGAAUACGAGGGCGCCACACUGAUGGGCUGUGAGCUCUAUCCGAAUAUUGUAUACACAGAGUUUUCUGAAAUGGUCGGACGUCAAAAGGCGUCACGUGGUUUCGUGCUCAUCGAGUUUUGGUUCUUCAUGAAAAAAUGA